AUGGUAACCAAAGACGAUCUAGACAAAGACCAAAUAGCUCUACUAAAACGAGCUUUCGAUGCUUUCGCUCAAGACAAGGGAUUCAUUGAAACCAACAUGGUUGGUACAAUUCUUCAAAUGUUGGGUCACGACGUUUCCGAGGACCGUUUACAAGAAAUUAUUGCUGAGGUCGAUGCUGAUGGAUCGGGAGAGUUAGAAUUCGAAGAAUUUGUUACACUAGCAGCUGGAUUCCUAACUGAAGAUGAACCGGAAGACGUGGAGGCUAUGCAAGCGGAACUAAAAGAAGCGUUUAGAUUAUAUGAUAAAGAAGGAAAUGGAUACAUUACUACGGAUGUUUUAAGAGAAAUACUCAAAGAAUUAGACGACAAAAUAACAAAUGAAGAUCUAGAUAUGAUGAUAGAGGAAAUUGAUUCUGAUGGUUCAGGCACUGUUGAUUUUGACGAAUUCAUGGAAGUCAUGACUGGCGGCGAUGAUUGA